AUGAAGUUCUCUCAGAUCGUCGCUGCCUUUGCUUCGGCCACCAGCAUUUCUGCCUUUCCUCUAUUAUCUUUGUAUAAGAGAGAACUUGGAGGUGUCUUGCUAUGCACAGGUGCCAACUCAACAGGUACAUGCACCCACGAAGUAUAUGAGUUCGAUGUAUGCCAUCAGCUCAAAGCGCCUUUCUACCAUAACACGAGCACAUUUUCGCCAGACGGAGAGGACUUCUUCUGCUACCCUCGCACGGUCGAUUGCGACGGCAUCUGCAAGAGCCCUACAGGGUGUACAUUCGGUCCAGUCGACUACGAGUAUGAAAACAAGGCUAACUUGACUGCUAUUGAGUGGAACACCCUUAUCAGCAGUUUCAGGUGCAAGCGCAAGGACAAGUCAUGA